CUGGAUUUUGUAAAUACCAUUUUCACUUCAAGUAAACUCUUUUGCCACGCCUUACUAGCACGUAAUGCAUUUUUACAAUGAAGUGUUACACUCACUCUGUGGUGAGCAGUUUUAGAUAAAGCAAUAUUCGCAGCCACAUCUUUCCUCAGACAACAAAAAAGAAAAGAAAAGGAAAGAAAAGAAAAGAAACUAUCACAUCUGAAGACAACGUUAAGAUUAUCAGUUGGACUAUGGAGCCACCUAGGAAAAUAGCUAAAACAGAAGAUUGUGAAGCUAAACUACUGUUUCGUCUGGGUGAUGAAUUUGUUUGUACAGAUGGAAACUGUAUUUGCCCUAUUAUUAAAGCAGAAAAUUCUAUCCGGGUCCUUUACAAACUUCAGGACAAACUCUUCACAAAUAUCUUAUAUGAAGUUGGGAAACAGACUGGUAUAAAAGCACGGACAAUAGAGUUUAAGUCAUUAAGUCCAGCUUGUAAAUUAGAUGGUAAUAUUUUUGUUCAGUGUAAAUCUUACCAGCUCAUCAAUGAAAACAAAGUAAGCCAAUACAUAAAGACAUUCAUAUCAACUUUAAGAAGUCGAUCGAAAGUUAAAACCAUUUUAAUGGAUGAAGUUAAAGAUACAAAAGGAAUUAUUCCACAACCUUUAUUAUCAGAAAUGGACUUUGAAAUGUACAAACUUAAAUUGUGCUAUAAUGAACUUUGUGAAAUUGACCGAGAUGAAGAAGUAAAAGAAACAUUCGAUUUUGCUACUGAAAAUAUUAAAUCAUGUUUACAAGAAUUAAGGGAACACCAUACCAAGAUCGCUAUACUUUCACAAAAUGUCCGUACAGUGAGAGUUUUUGUAAACGCAUUUGGUACAUAUGUUUUUGGAAACCCAACUAUUAAAGAAAUGGAUGAAGAGCUUUCUAACCUUCCAGAUGUGGUGAAAGACUUCAUUAAAAGAUAUCCAAACAAGGAACAGGACUUUAAAUUGUUAAUGAAACCAAUUUGUCACGAGCUUGAAUUUGCUUGUCCUGAAAAUGAGGUGAAAUCACAAGAAACAUUCUUAAACUUGAUAAAGUAUUUCACGGAAAAUAAAAGAGUAGAUGUUGAACCAUACAUCCUAGCACAGAAAGAUAUAGAAGGAAGCUAUGAGUCCACAACAAAGUGUAUUAUACAUCUGAGAUACGGUACUGUCUACCAACUAGCGGUGGAGUAUUUUGAAGUAGAAGAACUGCAAACUCAACUGUUUGAACUGGUGACCUUACAGGGAAACGGAAGUGAAAGUGAUAGAGGAAUAAAUAACCACAUUAAAAACAAGUCUUGCGAGUGUUUAAAGGCCAGAUUUGCUCUUCUAACAGACUAUAAUGUAUCCAACACCACUGAGGAUUUAUUUCAAAAGUUCAAGACUCAUGAAGAUAUUGUUCUUUCUGAAGCUGUAACAAAGUUUGCUGGAAAAACUGAAAUGUACAUUGGACGAGGAAAACAAUCAACAUUUGAUCGCAUUGCUCUGCAGGGUAUUUUGAGAGGAUUAACAAGUGGACAAGCUUCUGAUAAUGAUGAAUCACAAGACUGGAAACACAGAGUUGCUGCAGUCAAAGAAAUUGUGGUGUAUUUACCUAGUAAAAUACUGUAUGGUGGAAAAGAAAUUUUGGAAAUGCCUGGGACGGAUGAUUCUGAUCCACUAGCAAUGGAUUUUAUACAAAAGGCUUUGAAUACAGUUGACGCUAUAUUUGUUAUGAGUGAAUUUGCUUUUAAAAUUGCAGAGAGGGAAGUGAAAGACAUCCUUAUUAACAGUGAAUUUAUGCAGGCAUGGAAGAAAAAUCCUGACCAGUAUGCACUAAUGUUUCUUGCAUAUCCAGAAAAGGAUUCUAAGUUUCAGUUUGGGAAGGAUGCUCAACGUAAAAUAAACCGUCUAGAGCAACAGGAGAAGAAAAAACGAGAUGCAGAAUUAAAAGAGUUCAAAAAGCUGAUGAACCUAGUUUCUUUAUCUACAUCCAUGGAGAAGUCAAUUUUGACAUCUUAUGUGAUGCCGGUUCUUCACACUUCAAUCCAUAUGCAGGAGGGGCCACCACAUCAGGUACUUAGUGAAAAUGCAGAUUUCCUGAAAUACACAGGCAUUCAAAAUUUAAUGGUUUACCUUGACACCUUUAUUUCAUCUAAAAGAAGAGAUACUAAAGCACAGAGUGAGAAUCUCUUAUCAGACCUGCAAAAAUAUAUAAAUAACUCAUUUACUGCAGAUGAAGCCAGAGCAAUGUUGGACUUUUACAAAAAGAAUGAUGUGAAGAAUACACGUGAAUAUACAAUGUAUAACAAAUGUGACUACCUGCUCAUUAGUCUGAAUAAACAGCUACAAAUAAUGUUUAAAAGAACCCUCAAGACAGAAGUGGACAAAUUGUUGAGAAAGUUAGUAGAAGAAGCAAAGCAACAAUGGAAAAUUUCAGAAGAUAUAAUACAAUCACGUGGAAUUUUCAAUCCAUAUUAUUGUGGCAACAAUCCAUCGUAUGAGUUGAGAUUACAGAAGAUAAUCUUCAGUGACAACGAAAAUCAUAAACGCCAAAUUUUUGAAUUAAUUAAGAAAGAAAUAAAGAGAUUACUCAUACAAUACAAGAAUGGAGUUAUCAGGCUUUUUACAGAAGAAUUGAAUGAUGUGUGCAUAAACAUUAGACAUAACAAUAUUGAUUCAUCUGCUUUUAUAAAGCAAACCAUAGGAAACCCAAUGUCUGAGGCAUUACAAUGGUAUGUUGGCAAAUAUAAAAUGCCAUUCGAUAAACGAACAGUUGACAAAUGUUUUGAAGAAAGUAAAAAAAGAAGUUUAAAAAAACACAUUCUGAAUCUCGCAUAUGGGAUGAGUGACUUGGAUCAUUCGAAACAAGUGGUGAGGCAAAAUAUUGAGCGAACAAUUAUGGAUGUGACUGUUUUUUUUAUUGAAAAUCUUAUGGAAAUCCAUGAGGCUAGAUGGAAAAGCUUUGUUAGCCACAUAAAAACAAAACAAGGAACUCCAAAGAUGUGGCACAUUUUAUUUGGCAAAUUCAAAGUAAUAUCCAAAAAAAACCAAGUGAAAGAAAAAAACAGUGAGCUGUCCACAGUGCUCAAAUUGGGUACUGCAAGGAGGAAAUCGGCCUCAGAUUGGUUAGGGGACUGCUCUCAACAACGAAUAGAUCUGCAGUUCAUCUUUCACGUCUUCUCAUCAAGGAGGCAAAAGAAAAUGAAUUAGGAUCAUGGGAAGUGGGAGGGAUUUAAAGCUCUGGAGUGUUGGGUUUUGUUUUGUCUCCUCCUAGUGUUCAGGAGGGGAAUUCCCACAAGUGAUGACUAGUGUACUCUGAUAAAUUAUUUAAAGGGCCAUAAUACCCAAAUAUUUAAACACUUUAAAGUGAUGCAGCAUAGCUGUAAAAAG